AUGAUCCCCGUGGUAAUCAUUUCUGAGCUACUGGUAGAGUACACGACGUCUCUCGUUAAACUCAUUGCUGUGAUUCUUCCGAGGAGGCAAGGUGACGACAACUUCGUAAGGAUUGGCAAUUUCUCCAUGUAUUGUCCUCCUAGAUCGUCACCGGUUCCAGAUUUCUCUUCCCAUCUAGUCGAUUUCUGAUAUGUAAUGUCGAUGUUUUUUCUCCUUCUAUUUUUUUUAUUAAGUAGAUGAGUGAUAGCUGAGGAUAUUUUUUUCCCUCUUUUGGAUACUGAGCAGGCUAGAGAUUUUGUAAAGCUGUAUUGAAUUGAAUUUAUAACAAAAGGUUAUUAUUAAGACAGCGCUUUCUUAACUUAUGAUAACUGAGCAUAUGUUAUGUUCUGUCCAGCUGGUAACUGUCCCGGCCAAUGAUGAUUUCCAACCGUUAGUCAACUUGGUGUAUGAUAUGCGGUUGAGUAACAUCAGAAGUGGCUCUGAUCAUAAUUGUUUCUGAGUAGCUGAAAAUUAGAAAACAAAUGUUCAGUAAAACAGAAUCAUAUUCCGAUUUCUGG